GAGAGAGAGAGAGAGAGAGAGAGAGACAGAGAGAGAGAGAGAGAGAGAUACAGAGAGAGAGAGAGAGAGAGAGAGAGAGAGAGAGAGAGAGAGAGAGAGAGAGAGAGAGAGAGAGAGAGAGAGAGAGAGAGAGAGAGAGAGAGAGAGAGAGAGAGAGAGAGAGAGAGAGAGAGAGACAGAGAGAGAGAGAGAGAGAGAGAGAGAGAGGGAGAGAGAGAGAGAGAGAGAGAGAGAGAGAGAGAGAGAGAGAGAGAGAGAGAGAGAGAGAGAGAGAGAGAGAGAGAGCACAGUAUUCCCUUGCCUUCCUCUCUAUUAUAAAACUGAAAGGAGACUGAAAAGAGGAACAGUAGAGCUGGAGAACAAAGAGAGACACUGAAAGAGUGCAGCAUAGAAAGGACAGGGAGAGAGAAACGGGGUAAAAUAACGGGACGUGCGUGAAGAGAGAGAAAGCGAGACAGACAGAGCUCAGUGCAGCAGCAUCACCACUUCCACCACCUCUCUUCCAUAGCUACCUUUACCUCCUCCCUCCCUCCCUCCCUCCUCCUUUCUGUACUCCAUCUCCCCUGGUUCUCCCUCCUCCUUUCUGUACUCUGUGUUCCCUGGUUCUCCUCUUCUCUGUCUACUACUAUUACCGACAGCAGGACCAUGGAUACAGGAAGCCCCAGGAAGAUACAGUUCACCAUGCCUCUCCUGGACUCACACCUGGACCCAGAGGCUGCUGAACAGGUGAGAGAGAAGGACUGGGGAAGAUCAGAAGACGUAGCCCACACCAGCUACUCUGGUAGCAUCCAGUCUUCUCCAGCUCUCCUGGGGAUGUGUGAUGACAGGGGACUCCCAGCUUUCCUGGGGAUGUGUGAUGACAGGGGACUCCCAGCUUUCCUGGGGAUGUGUGAUGACAGGGGACUCCCAGCUUUCCUGGGGAUGUGUGAUGACAGGGGACUCCCAGCUUUCCUGGGGAUGUGUGAUGACAGGGGACUCCCAGCUGUCCUGGGGGGUGAUGAUGUGAUGACAGGGGACUCCCAGCUUUCCUGGGGAUGUGUGAUGAUAGGGGACUCCCAGCUUUCCUGGGGUUUAUUUCUCAACUUAUCUCUCAUUUUCCCUGCUACAGAAAUAGAUGAAGACCGUCUUCCAAACCAGUUAUACAAGGCAGCCUUGAUGAACUCUCCCAGGCAGAGGAGGAAGGGAGCAAGAGCCACGCCCACUAUGAAAGAGUUACAGUUCAUGGUCGACCACCACCUGUAUCAACAGCAGCAGCAGCAGGGUGGAGGUGAUGAGUGUUCCUCAGAGAGCUGUCUGUCCGACAGACCCAGCCCGGACGCUCUGCCCAACGGGGAGGAGGAGGAGGAGCUGGAGCUACCGGAGGACGAGGAGGCCUGGGGAACCGAGGACAAGGUCACUGCAGAGGCCCUCGAGAAGCCGCGCUGCCAGAUGGAGGGUAAGGCUGGAGGAAAAAAGGGAGAGAUAUAAGGAAAGAUAGGGAGAGAGAGAUAUAUAGAGAUAGGAAGAGAGAUAUAUAGAGAGAUAGGGAGAGAGAUUUAAGGAAAGAUAGGGAAAGAUAGGGAGAGAGAGAUA